CACACUGACCGGCUGAUCUCCUGCUUCUCUCCUUCUCUUAGAGGCGAGGGGCCUCGUUCUCCUCCCAUCACUCCUCUGGAACAUGGCACUGACUCCGACUGGGAGCCCCCAGUGCCAAGGUGUCCAUCCCCCUCUGAAGCUGGUUCAUCCAGCUGUACCCCUGCUGUCUCUGGCUCCACACCUCCCGGGCCAUCUAGAGGUGUGAAGGCACUGACAAAGAAGAGGAAGAGGGGAAGUGUGCCACCCACAAACAGAGGGACAGAAGGGCGUUGGCACACCGUCCUAGAAGAUGAUGUGGAGCCACCCCAACCAACUUUUAGGCCGAAAAGGAAGCCAGGACCUCAGGUGAACCCGACCGCAACAUACACCCCCCUUCAGCUUUUUCAACUGUUUUUCACACCAUCUGUUGUAGAUUCGCUCGUGUCCAACACAAAUAAGAAUGGGAAGAAGAAACAAGCAGGCAAAAAGGUAGCAUGGAAGCCCAUAUCCAUGUCAGAUCUUUUCUGCUACCUUUCACUGGUCGUCUACAUGGGGCUGGUGAAGCUGAAAAGCCUGAAGGACUACUGGAAAACGUCAUCUCUGUACCAACUGCCUUUCCCCAUGACUGUUAUGUCCUGCAAAAGGUUUCUGAUUAUUUCACAGGCGCUUCAUAUCAGUGACCCAAAGGUUGAUGAAGAGAAUGAGAAGAAGAGAGGCAUAGCAACGUUUGAUAGACUGUGCAAGAUCAAACCGCUCUACCACAGCAUUGUUGAGGCCUGCAAGACGUACUUUCAGCCAGCCCAGAACGUGUCAAUCGAUGAGAGGAUGGUAGCCUCAAAGGCAAGAAUUGGCCUCAAACAAUACACGAGAAACAAACCAACCAAGUGGGGUUACAAGCUGUUUGUGUUGGCUGAUUCUGUAUGUGCCUACACAUGCAAUUUCUUUGUCUACGAGGGGAAGAACAGUUUUGCUACCGGUAAGGGACUUAGCUAUGACUCUGUAAUGGAGUUAUUGGAUUUUCAACUACUAGGGAAGGGCUACAAACUGUUUGUGGAUAACUUCUACACAAGCCCUGCCCUGUUUGCAGACCUAAGGAAGCUAGAUGUGUGGGCUUGUGGCACCAUUCGUACCAACAGGGUGGGCUUUCCAAAGACGAAGGUGAACGACAUGCCUAAGCGGGCUGAGCGGGGGAGCAUGCGAUGGAUCCGUGAAGAUGGCCUGCUUUUUGUAAAGUGGAUGGAUACCAGAGAGGUGGUGAUGUGCUCCACUAUCCACAAGUCCUUCAGUGGGGAUCAUGUUGUCAGGCGUGUGAAGGAUGGUGCCGGGGCAUGGACCUCCAAAAAUGUCCCCAUUCCAACUGCAGUAAAGGACUACAACAAGAGCAUGGGAGGUGUGGACCUGUCGGACGCGCUAAUAGGCUACUACAAUGUUCUCCACAAGACAAUGAAAUGGUACAAGACCUUCCUCUAUCAUUUCAUCGACAUUGCUGUGGUGAAUGCAUUCAUCCUACACAAGGAAAUGGCUAACAGCUGUGGAAAGCCCUUCCUCUCACAGAAAGCCUUCAGAGAGCAGCUCAUCAAGGAGCUUGCUGGCUACAGCACCACUGCACCAAGCCCUGUCCCUUCUGCUCCUGCCACAAGUGUUCAUCUGCCCAAAUAUAUUUGUUCAGGCAUGGAUGUGCCUAAGGGCCAAAAGGGCACAGCAUGGAGGCGUUGCUGUGUUGUUUGCAAGAUGAAGUCUCCCAUCACAUGCACCACAUGCUCAGUGACCCUCUGCUUUACAUCAGAGAGAGACUGCUAUGGCAUCUGGCAUCAGCAGCAGAAUAUUGUCUAGAGUUUUGGCAAUGUUGGUGGGGUUAUAUGGCAAAGUGGGUGGGGGCUAGGGUCAGUAUGUUAUAUCUGGAGUACUUUUCCUGUCUUAUCCGGUGUCUUGUGUGAAUUUAAGUCUGCUCUCUUUCUCUCCUUCUUUCUCUCGGUGGACUUGAACCCCCGGGACCAUGCUUCAGGACUACCUGACAUGAUGACUCCUUGCUGUCCCCAGUCCACCUGGCCUUGCCGCUGUUCCAGUUUCAACUGUUCUGCCUGCGGCUAUGGAACCCUAAACUGUUAAUUUUUACUCUUGAGGUGCUGUCCUGUUGCACACUCUACAACCACUGUGAUCUCCACCCGGCACAGCCAGAAGAGGACUGGCCACCCCACAUAGCCUGGUUCCUCUAGGUUUCUUCCUAGGUUUUUGCCUUUCUAGGGAGUUUUUCCUAGCCACCGUGCUUCUACACCUGCAUAGCUUGCUGUUUGGGGUUUUAGGCUGGGGCUAUAUAAAUAGAUUUGAUAGAGGACUGAGGGUCCUCCAAAUAUUGAAAGUGUGUAAAUAGUUACCCAUGUUACUUUGUAAAUGUAUAUAUAUUUUUUUUUCUCAAAUAGUUUUUUUAUUUUUAUAUUUUAUUUUUACAUAUAUUUUUCUCAAUUUUUGUGGGGGGGUGUGUUAGAAUACCAUUUUGGUAUUUUGUAUAUAGUUAUUUGUUUCAAAAUGUAUACUUUCACCAAUUUGGCCACUUGGGUACAUUUGGGCUACUUGUGUGGGACAGCUGGGUGACUUCAUGAUAAAUGUUAUGUAGCACACUCAUUUUGGAAGUUACCAUUCUGAAACUUUGCACAAGUACUGUUGCCCUCUUGUAUUUUCCACUGAAAUUGUCCCCAUCAUCUUAUCUGAAUGUUUGUUUUAUCUUGUUCAUUUUGAAGAUGAUACAAAAAUAAAUUGAAAAAACGUAAGGUUUUUUUCAUUGUUUUAUCUAAA